CUAAUGUGCUGGAUUACACUAAUGGUGGCGCUGACGCCCGGACAACAAAACCUCCCUCCUUUUUGGACAUCGUCGAGCUUUUACGGCAAUGAACGUUUCGUUUUUUUGCAGACAUCGGGAUGGUAGUGGAUCUAUCCACGUGUUAAAGAGCGAGUUUGUGAUUGGGUGUUGAAGACCUGCACCCAUCUUUCAGGCAAGAACGUCGGUCGCCGACAACUGAUCAUUUUUGAAUGAAGAUCAGACUGGAGUUAUACUCUUGAUCCCAUCCAUCCAUCCAUUUUUUACUGCUUAUUCCCUUUUGGGGUCGCUGGUGCCUAUCUCAGCUACAAUCAGACGGAAGGCGGUGUACACCCGGGACAAGUCGCCAUCACAACCGCGUUUUUAAGAAUGACUUCCAGUUUGCUAUCGUGAUGCCUUUUUAGAUGCCAGACCAUGGACUUCCCAGGUCACUUCCAGCACAUUUUCCAGCAGCUGAACCUCCAGCGGCUCCACGCUCAGCUGUGUGACUGCGUGGUGGAAGUGGGCGGCCACAAGUUCCACGCUCACCGAGCCAUCCUUGCGGCCGGCAGCUCCCACUUCAAGGCCCUUCUCGGCUCGGGUGAGGAUGCUGGCGGUGGAGGUCCCGGCGUGAUGGUGCUCGACCCGGAAGUGGUGACUCCGGAGGCCUUCUCCACGCUGCUCGACAUGAUCUACACGUCCACCCUGUCGCUCGGGGCCUCCAACGUGAUGGACGUGCUGUUGGCCGCCUCGCACCUGCACCUUAACGCCGUGGUAAAAGCUUGCAAGCUGCACCUGUGCAGAAAAAACUUCCCGACCUCGGCGCCCAAAGGCUGGAGGUCGAUGCCGCAUCAGCAAUCCGUGGAGGUGCUCGACGAAGGCGGCGUCGAGGUGAGCCAGUCCGGUCACGAGUCCUCAAAGCACAAGAGAAAGCCUCAUGAGGAGAGGUUCGGCGACAGGAAGAGGACUUGCGGAAUGCCUGGGGAUCCGGACGAGGUUGUCAACGAGGAAGCAAAAAUCUGGGAAGGACGACCGGAUGAGGUGGAGGAGAAAUACGACGCCACCAUGUCGUUAGAAAUGGAGGAGAUCCAGCUGCCGAGUCAGUCGGACAGCAGUGAAAGUGGACUGAAAGUGAAACUGGGAGAGGAAGGCGAAGGAGAGCCCAAGAUGGAGAGCGUAGAGGUAAAGAAGGAGACUAUGACCACUUCCUCUCCCGAUCGCGCUCUUGCAGAAGAUUGUGGCGAUUUACAGGAGCAAAUAAGCAGUCUGGCCGGUGGCGACGUCACACACCUCUGCUCAGAUCUGGCUGACAGGGACGCCGGGUUUGAAGACCAGGGCAUUGACAGCCUGUCUGAGUUGGCCCUGUCCUGCUUCCUAAACCCGGGUCAUGAGAGCGAGACAGCAGCUAUGGAGGAAGAAGAGAGUUUUGCAAGUCUAACAGCAGCCGCCACCACAGCCGCCGCCGCCUGUGACGCUGCGGACCAACUGGGUCCCAACACCUCGGCUCAAGCCUCGGACGCGACCGUGCUUUUAACGACCGUCCCUUUGGAUCAGAUACUCCCGACUCAGAGUCCGGGUUUGAGCGACACGCUCAUCCUCCGGCCUGCGCACAACUCCUUAACAGGGUUCCUCAGUCUGGACUCCCCCAAAGGACGGGCGGCCUCGAGUGGGUCGACUUUCCGCCGCAUUGCCCCCAAACUGUCAGAAGCGGAUCCCUCUGCGGCCUUGUCCUCCGGCCCCGCCGCGGAUGACAGAGCACCUCUGACCAGAGCGUCGGAGGACGUGCUCUCCAAGUGCAGAAAGGCGGCGGCCGAAGACAACGUGCUCCUGGUGGAGGGGGAGAAGAAGUACGCCUGCAAGAUCUGCUCCAAGACAUUCAUGAACCUGACGGAUUGUAAGAAACAUAUUCGCGUCCACACGGGAGAAAAGCCUUAUCCUUGUCCAAAAUGUGGGAAACGCUUCAGCCAGUCGUCUCAUUUGUACAAACACUCCAAGAAUUCCUCCUGCGUGAACUGGAAGGACGAGCCUUCUUUCCCGGACGCUCUACACUGACUACCCUGAGAAGCUGUGAUGUCAGUCUGUCCCUGGACAACCACUAAAUGUGUUUUCAUUCAUAGAGUAUCUCACAAAAGCAAGCACUCCUCAACGAUUUGCGCAAACAUUUACAUUUACAAUACUUUGGAUACACCUUAAAGCAGGCCAGAGCAAUUAUUUUGACUCGGGG